AUGAGCCGGUCAGGGCAGCCUCCGGAUCUGAAGAAGUACAUGGACAAGAAGCUUCAAAUCAAGCUGAAUGCAAACCGUGUUGUCAUUGGCACACUUCGUGGAUUUGAUCAGUUCAUGAAUCUGGUCAUUGACAACACAGUUGAGGUCAAUGGAAACGAAAAGACUGACAUCGGGAUGGUGGUCAUUAGGGGAAACAGUGUUGUCAUGAUUGAAGCACUUGAACCAGUUGCCAAGGCUCAGUGA